GUAGGACGCUCAGCCUGGCGUGUAUUUCGGGGAUCGGCUGAUAAGGCACGGCAAUGGGCUGCGGUUGGGAUUGUAGGUCAUCAUCAGGGCCGGUCAUUUCGAAGCCCGCUCCCCACAUUGGUUUCCAUUUGACGCGAGUCACCUCAUCGCCUUGCUCAGUGGCCACCGAUAUAAUUGCGAUAGACUUCACGGUCCGCUAAACCCGUCAUUCCGGCGCAGGGGUAGCGCCUCGGCAUCCAGCGAGGGGACGCGGCUGCUCUUCAGCCUCUCGAGGCAUCUUCCCUGCGUGACCCUCAGCGCGUCGGCCCCGGAACGGCCGCCUCCGCGCCCAGCAGCCCCACUCGGCCCGGGAGCCCGACCUGUCCUGGGACCCGCGCUGCUCACCGGGGGCCGCCGCCUCCCACCCGCCGGCAUCCACGCCCCCCCGCGCGGUCCUCCAGAAGAGCGGGCUACUAAACGCGCCUUCUAUCCCUUCCUUCCUUCCUUCCAGUAAAUUCCUCGCUGCCCACUCGCCCUCGGAGGAAUAUCGAAGGAAAGCCGAACUCCGGGCACUGGGGCUGUUCUGAAAGGAUGGCUUCCUCCGCUCCCUCGUCCUCCAACGACGCUCCGGACCCCGCCCCAACCAAUUUACGACCUACAACCUACGACUCGUGGUGCGGCGUUGCGCACGGAUGCACCAGGAAGAUCGGCCUGAAGAUAUGCGGGUUCCUGCAAAGGACCAACAGCCUGGAAGACAAAAGCCGGAUCGUGGGUUCCCUGAAGGAGCGGCAGUCCUCCAAGAAUCUGUUGGCGUGCGAGAACAGCGAGCGGGAAGCCCGGUUCCGCCGCACCGAGACGGACUUCUCCAACCUGUAUGCCCGAGAUUUGCUGCCCGCUAAGAAUGGCGAGGAGCAGACUAUGCAGUUCCUGCUGGAGGUCGUGGACAUACUCCUCAACUACGUGAGGAAGACGUUUGACAGAUCCACCAAAGUGCUGGACUUCCACCACCCGCACCAGCUGCUGGAGGGCAUGGAGGGCUUCAACCUGGAGCUAUCGGACAACCCCGAGUCCCUGGAGCAGAUUCUGGUGGACUGCCGGGACACGCUCAAGUACGGGGUGCGGACAGGUCACCCGCGCUUCUUCAAUCAGCUGUCCACGGGCCUGGACAUGAUCGGCCUGGCGGGGGAGUGGCUGACAUCCACCGCUAACACCAACAUGUUUACGUAUGAAAUUGCCCCUGUUUUUGUCCUCAUGGAACAAAUAACACUUCGAAAGAUGAGAGAGAUUAUUGGAUGGUCGAAUAAAGAUGGUGAUGGAAUAUUCUCACCUGGAGGAGCCAUCUCCAACAUGUACAGCAUAAUGGCCGCACGCUACAAAUAUUUCCCUGAAGUCAAAACCAAAGGCAUGGCUGCAGUCCCUAAACUGGUUCUCUUUACCUCAGAACAUAGUCACUACUCAAUAAAGAAAGCUGGAGCUGCACUUGGGUUUGGAACAGACAAUGUAAUUUUGAUAAAGUGCAAUGAAAGAGGAAAAAUAAUACCAGCUGAUUUGGAAGCAAAAAUUUUGGAAGCAAAACAAAAGGGAUACGUUCCUCUCUUUGUAAAUGCAACUGCGGGCACAACAGUUUAUGGAGCCUUUGAUCCAAUACAGGAGAUUGCAGAUAUAUGUGAAAAAUACAACCUCUGGCUGCACGUAGAUGCUGCUUGGGGAGGUGGACUCUUAAUGUCCCGAAAGCAUCGCCAUAAACUGAAUGGAAUAGAAAGAGCCAAUUCAGUCACUUGGAAUCCACACAAGAUGAUGGGAGUAUUGUUGCAGUGUUCUGCCAUUCUGGUCCGGGAGAAGGGUAUACUUCAAGGCUGCAAUCAAAUGUGUGCAGGAUAUCUUUUCCAGCAAGACAAACAGUAUGAUGUAUCCUAUGACACUGGAGAUAAGGCAAUACAGUGUGGUCGACAUGUGGACAUUUUCAAAUUCUGGUUGAUGUGGAAGGCAAAGGGUACAGUGGGAUUUGAAAAUCAGAUCAACAAAUGCCUGGAACUGGCAGAAUAUCUCUAUACUAAAAUAAAAAACAGAGAAGAAUUUGAGAUGGUUUUUGAAGGAGAGCCGGAGCACACAAAUGUAUGUUUCUGGUAUAUUCCACCAAGUCUCAGAGGCAUGGCAGACUGUGAUGAGAGACGAGAAAAGCUGCACAGGGUGGCACCGAAAAUCAAAGCCCUGAUGAUGGAGUCAGGUACUACCAUGGUUGGAUAUCAGCCUCAGGGCGAUAAGGUCAACUUCUUCCGAAUGGUCAUCUCAAACCCAGCAGCAACUAAGUCUGACAUAGACUUCCUCAUUGAGGAAAUAGAGAGAUUGGGGCAGGAGCUGUAGUGCAAUGGAUGAGUUAUUCGUUUCUCUAAUUCACUGUUUUCCAGUACUGGUUAUUUUUUCAACCCAGUUCUGCAGAACAUGUUUUAAGGAAAUUCUCUUUCUGUAAGUUUCAAUCUCCUAAGACGUCCUUAAGCAGUGACAAAAACUUAUAGGCUACUGAAAUAUAUGUGUAUUGGUAGAUCACUUUUCUGAGGGAAAAUGUAUUAUCUUGAAGUUGAAGUACUGUUGACUCUUAGAUUGGUCUUG